UUAAAGCAAACUGUUGUAGCUUUGUUCGUGGUAAGUGAAGUGCCUAAUAAUACCCGGAAAUGGUGUCUACGCAGGCUGGAUAUGUAUGUUACAAGUUUGACUUUUCCUCAUUGGGCUGGUGACACCAACUUAGACGGAGGUACAUAUUGUACUGUAUUGAGCAGUUAUAAAAGAUGGCGAAUCUUGACGAAGAGAAAGCUCUCCCACCAAACGAUUUGCUGCCCGGAGGUCUUGCUCCGAUCGAGAUCAAUGCUAUCAAGGUUUCGUCACUUGCAAGUGGGGUUCUGGGCUCAACAGAAGGAUUCGAAGAGCCGGGAGCGAGGGGGCUGACAUUCCCUUGCCAGAUCAACACAAGCGCACACUAUGUGGACACUAGUGUCGUCUGUCGUGGUUACUUGCUGUGUGUUCUCCAAUUGUGUAUCAUCCCAAACACUUUGCGGAAGACUAACUGCUGACAAUGGGUCCUUCAGCAGUCAAAACUACCCGAACAACUACCCAAACGACCACGACUGUCGAUACGAGAUCUCUGUAUCGUCUCCCAAAGUUAUAAAGCUUACCUUCACCGAUUUUCAAGUUGAGGAAGACUAUGACUACGUGUACGUGUAUGAUGGAAACACAACUGACUCAACUUACCGGAUAGCUGUGCUGACCGGCACAAGAAUUCCCGGUCCUGUAACUUCUUCCGGGAGUUUCAUGACCGUUCGACUUGUCACCGAUGAGACAAUAACUUGGAAGGGAUUUCAGGUCAACUAUACAGCGGAAGAUAAAGUUUUUGCUAAUUGUGAGGUCGGCGAGUACCGGUGUGCUGACGGUGUGACCUGUAUAGACGCCUGGAAACGGUGUGACGGAAACAACGACUGCAGAGACGGGAGUGAUGAGGAUGCAGCAAACUGUGCUUGUCAAAUUAUUCCAUCGUCCUUGACGACGUGCAGGGCCCUUCACUACCAAAUGAUGACCCUUCCCAACCCACUCAACUUCACCCACACCACGGUCGCCCAAGUUGAGAACUCAGCAGGGUUCACUGACCUCAUCGCCCUUGCAGAUUCAACCUGUCACCCCCGUGUUAGAGACCUCGUCUGCGCCACUAUUGUGCCACGCUGCGAGUCCAGUCCAAAUCUCCGACAGCAGCUUCCAUGUCGGUCUUGGUGUGAAGAAGUGAGGUACUCGUGUGAACUUGAGAACGCCUGGUCAGCUUUUCCAAGCUGUGAGAUUUUCCCCUACACUAACUGUAACAACAUCAUGGCUUCACAAACUCCGGGUGGUGAGGAGUGUUUCGAUGGAAACGGUGCAAACUACAGAGGAAACGAGGCGAGAGAUCCUAUAGCAGGGGUAGACUGUGAACGAUGGGACAGUGAUCCAACCUACAUAAAGCCGUAUCCCUGGGCAAACCUCGUGAGUAACAAAUGCCGCAACCCAAACGGUGACACCGGACCAUGGUGCAUCACUCCAGGUGGAUUCGAGUACUGUGACAUUAUUCCUUGCAACGCUAAAGGUUGUGACGAUCCAGGGAAACCAAAGUUUGGAAAGAGGACUCCUGUUCUAAAGUUCUACUUCCCAGGAGAACGAAUCACGUACAGCUGUGAUACGGGAUACGAGUUCAAGGAAUACACCCCGACAAGGCCGAACGUUGCUGAAUGCGUUGUGAUUAAUGAAACAACAGGACAUGCCGACUGGGAAACAGCAAAACCAGAUUGUGAAGUCGACCAGAAAUUCAAGCUACAAAACGACAAACUAAACGAGAACGUGUACAACAAGGCGGCGUCUCCAACAAAAAGUCUGGAAAUAAAGGCAUAUGUUGUCAACGUCAUCAACUUGAAUGAAAAGGACGAACAGAUUGUUACAUCAUUCAAAGCGGAAUACGCAUGGACAGACACUCGGCUACAAUGGGAACCUAAAGAAUAUGGACAUCUAGAUCACAUAUUUGUUCUUGACAAUCAAAUCUGGAAACCGACAUUGUCACUGAAAAGAAACGCAGACACAGACUACAAGGGUGAAUUCCCUACGACAGAGGUAAGAAUGGAGCACACCGGAGAAGUGACCUGGCCUGUAGAACUUCUGACUACAACGACCUGUACCCUGGACCCUUUCCUCUUCCCUCAGGACAACAUGACAUGUGCAGUGUGCUGGAGAGCUGGAGAGGAGUACAUAAUAGACUGUUCUAAUUCAACAACGCAUAAGGACAACAACUUCCUGACCUGUCAAAACAACGAGGCUGACAUCACCACAGGAGAGUGGAGUGGGAAAACAACCCUUUCAGCUGUCAAUAACACUGCCUGUCUGACCAUGAGGCUCAAACGUGAUCCCACCUAUCACUACUCCACAACCAUCUCUCCCUGUCUCAUCCUUGUCGUCCUGAUGGUCAUCACCUUCAUCAUGCCCAUUGAUAAAGGCGACAGGAUUGGAUUCGGCGUCACCGUGCUGCUGUCCAUGGUGGUGUCGCUGGUCGUCGUCACAAGUUUCCUGCCGGUGUCCAGUAGCCUGCCUUUCAUUGCUAUGCUGAUCAUUGUGUGCAUGGCUCUGAUGGCUCUCUUCAUGCUGACGACUGUUUUCAUCAUCAUCAUACAUGACAAGAAAGGACCUGUCCCUAAAUGGGUGCGGACGGUCUUCCUGAAGUACUUAGCAAGGGCCCUACUGAUGGGAGACUUGACCAAGAAUCUGAAAGAUGAAGAGGCAGCAAAAUACACCAUACGCAAGAACGUAACAUACAUCGAAGGACAAGACAACGACGCGAUGGUGAUGGACAACGACGGAGGAGACAACCCACCUAUGAACGUGCAAAAUGAGGUCGCGGCUACCCUUAUUGGGUUAAAAGGAAGCGUAGAUGACCUUAAGGUCAGUGUUAAGCAACUGUCUGGGAGUAUCGAUGUUCUGGCAAAGACAAGUGGUGGAGAUGACGAUGAAGAAGUUGGGGAGUAUGCUUUGUUGGCUGGUGUGUUAGACAGGCUGAGUUUGAUCCUUUAUGUCAUCGCCAUUGUUGUGGCCGUUCCAUGUAGUCUGCUUAUUGGUCGACCACGUAUUAGCCCUGACUAAAAGGGAGAGACAGAGAGAGAGAGACAGUUAGAGAAAGGGAGAGAGAGAGAGAGAGAGAGAGAGA